UUUUCUCAAUUCCCUUAUCUGAAUUAGCUGCCUGUGGUUUUUGAUUGAACCAUUGAUAACUAAGAAUGAAAACUAUAGCUUCAGCUUUUUCAAGCGGCUUAUUGAAAAUAUCAAGCAGACGAAGGAUAAACAAGCUCCAAACGACAACUUUACAAACUUGAAACUAUAUGCUGUUUGUGAUUUGGCUGUUGGCUUGUUGGUCUCUAAAACAACCAGUUUUGUUCUAAAAGACUUUCCUGUGGAACCAUCACUACCCUCAAAACUCUAUACAGAUCCUGACAAGAGUUACAGCAACAUGAAGAUUUACCUACCGCAAGAGCUGAUCAGUGAAUUUACUCCACCUAAGAGAUCUGGUAUUGAGAUGGAAAUGUUUGGACCACAAGCAAAGCAGGAAAUAAAGAAGUUCACAAAUGGCCGUGGGAGAAAACCUCGAACAGCUAAUGGGAAUGCCCAUCAGUUAGACAGUAAAGAUGGAGGCGAUCAAGAAUCAAAUGAAGCUGAAGACAGUGAGAGUGAACAAAAGACAAGGAGGUCAGUAAGGGUUGUUGUACCAAAAGAGGAAAGUUCUCCUGGCAAGACAACAAAUGGAGCAUAUGUACCGACACCACCUGUCAAGCGGGGCCGAGGGAGACCUAGAAAAUCUGAAACAGCUCAGUAUGAAAGCAACAGAAAACCUGGGAGGGCAGUUCCUUCACACGAUUCUGUCUCCAGUCAGGAUGAAACCAAUAGCAGCCAAGGCCCAGUAAUGAAUAGCUCACAAGAAGACGAUCAGAACGUUUCUGAACCACACAUGAAAGGGACAAGACCAGUAGACCGAACUCAGAAUGAAUACUCUGACAAAGAAGAAGGAUCCCAAGAAGAGCCAGCAUCCAAAAAACCACGACCUACAAGUCAGUCUUCAGAUAUUCCAUCUAAAACUGAAAAAUAUCCAGAAAAAGGCAAACCACCUAAUACUGUUUCAAGGGGGCCUGGUAGACCACCUCGUAAUUCCAGUUAUUCAUCGUCUCCCCAGAAACUAAGUUCUCCAGUUGUUCAAGGUACACGCCAAUCAGCGAGAAUAGCUGCAAAGCCAAAGGAAGAAGAAGAAGAACCGAAACAGCUGAAUAAAUCUCGAUCACCACCAAAGUCUGCAAGUCCUGUAAAAUUAGUGCUGGCAUCACCGUCGAAGCAACAGAUUUUAAAAGGAAAUGUGAAGAGCCCGGGUAACAGUAGUCAGGAAGGGACAGAUACAGGAUCCCCAAUCAAGCGGGGCCGUGGCCGGCCUCCCUCAUCUUCAGCACUAGUUAAAAUUAUCUGUACUUCGUCCUUGUCAGCCUCUUCAUCUAGGGGAAGAGGACGAGGAAGAAAGCCACGCCGGUAAAGUAUUCUGUUUUUCAGAUUGCUUAAUGGCCAUGUAAAGUCAUCACAUGCAACAGUCCUUGUAUCAGUUAGAAUCAUCAGACUGUCACCUUUUCUGUGAUGCAACAGUAAGUACAUACACAAGUCAGUGGAUGUGGUUGUUUACCUAGUGGAGGUAUUUUCCCGCUCCUGACUGCUGCACAUCAUAUGGAAAAAAGAAGAAAGACAUGUUGAAAACUGUUAAUUUUUAAUAUAGCUGCUAAUCUUCAAAGUGUAGCACUGCCUGAAUUGACGGGUUUAUCUUCAUAGUGCUACAUUGAUUCAAGCGACAUUGUGGGACUUCUUCAUGGACAGUUUUUAAUACAUUCAUACAUGCUAGGUUUUCAUUUGUCUAUGUUUUCUGUUUUCUAGGAUCUUGAAUAUUAUGUUCUCAUUUGUUGAACCAUAAUUGUCUUGUCAAUUAAUCAGGGGAAAAUAUGUGAUGUAUUAAUAUGUUGUGUGCUUUUAGGAGGAGAAAUGAAAGGAAAUAAUUAUGAACUUCUUUAGAAAUAAAGUAACUCAUUUUCUUUCUUCCAGUUGUAAAAAUUGUCAUUUAAAAGAAAAGCUUGAAUUUUAAAGUUUGUUAACUUUUUUUUCAGUUUUAAAAAACUUUUUUAAUGUUUUUUAUGUGGACAGCCAGGACUGUAUUAAAAAAAAGUCAUAUUCAAAUGGUUUGUUUCAUAGUUUAAUUUCAACACUCAUAAUUCAGCAUUUAUAUGUGUGAGAAGAAAAGAUAAAAACAAUUAUUUGCUUAACAAAUAGAAAACAGUGCAUGAAUUAGUAAAAUGUAAGACAUAUGUAUGAAUACUUUAUGUUUCACAACAGUAGUUGGCUUUCAUUUUAAUUUGAUUUUGGUAGAUUUGCAGAAACUAUGCUUUCUUACUGUAUAUUGAGUUGUGGUUACAAGCUUUGUAAUGGAUAUAUCGUGUAGUUUAUAUUCACUUUUCAGCAUGUAAAUAAGCUGUUUUUAUAAAUACUAUCCAGUUUGGAAAAAAAAUAUCAUUUAAUGUAAUGUUCAUGUUGAAUUUGUUCCCGGCUUUUAUGCACUCAGGCUGUGCUUCACUUUGUGCAGCAUUUUAUUGGAAAACAUUUCCAGAGCCAAUAAAGUGUUGUUUUGGGAA